AUGCUGUCAUUAUAUAUAGGUGUCUACAGGGCAUUGUACGAUUAUGCGGCCCAGUCAGAUGAAGAACUUAACGUCAGUGCUGAUGACUUGUUAUACUUGUUAGAAAGGUCAGAAGUAGACGACUGGUGGAAAGUUAAGAAAAGGGUAAUCCCAGCUGGCGACGAAGAAGUGGACGAGCCAGUUGGAUUGGUUCCAUCGAACUAUAUUGAAGAAGUAUGUAAUUUUACUUUGAAUUGACUGAGAUCUGCUAUAAACGCGAUACUAACAUAGAAUUUAGGCGCCAAUUGUUGAUAAAGCUACAUCAUUAUAUGACUAUGACAAGCAAACAGAGGAAGAAAUUUCGUUUAAAGAAGGCGAUCGGUUUAAUGUAUUUGAUAUGAAUGAUCCGGAUUGGUAUUUGGUGGGGGAUGCUCAGACUAAUCAACUAUUUGGGUACGUUCCGGCAAAUUAUCUCGAAGUUGGUGAACAACAACAGCAAAUUCCAGUUCAACCACAGACACGUAGUCAGGGUCAAAGUGCGGCCGGUAUGUCUUUUGCUAAUUUUGGGCCACCUCCAACUCACCGUGACAGGGGUAUGUCUGCCUCUCCGCAAUCACAACCACAAUUCCAACCACCCCCAGUGCAUCCAUCUCAAGCUCAUAAUGAAACCGAGGAACAUGAAAUUAACGAACCUCAAGAACAAGAGGUUCUUGAUAAUGAUAUCGACGAUGAUGCCCCACCUCCUCCAAUGCCUUCUAGGCCUUUAAAUGAAACUCCUGUUAGAGAAAAUAAACCUCUUCCUACACAGUACGGCCAAGAAGAUGAAGAAGACAUUAAGGAUACUAGAGAACAUAAGUUUGAUGGUGACUAUUUUACCUGGUAUAUUGAUGAAGUUGAUGGGCGCAAAAAGAGAGCUGUUAUAUUUUCCAUCGGUCAUGGAAAUGUAAUUUUAAAACCAAACACAACGAAUCCUAAGAAACUUAAGUUAAAGUCUGCAUCGUCUCUUGAUCAGCAAUGGAAAAUUAGGGAUUUGACUGAUUUCAGUCAUGAGAAAAAACAUUUAUUUUUAGAAUUCAAGAACCCAAGUGCUUCAAUUGAAUUGCAUACUGGCUCCAAAGAUGUAGCGGAAGCAAUUAUGUCUAUUUUGGGAGAUUUAAAGGGUGCUGAAAAUGCUAAAGGAUUACGAGAGGUUGCCAGAGCUUCUCAGGCUUCGACAGGAGGAUCAAAUAGAAAGAUUGGAAGGCUUAUGUAUGAUUUCGAAGCACAAGGUUCUGAUGAAUUGAUGAGUAAGGAAGGUGACGAAGUUUAUAUUGUUAAUGAGUCUAAAUCUAAAGAUUGGUGGAUGUGUGAAAACGUUGAAACUAAAAGACAAGGUGUUAUUCCAUCAUCCUAUAUUGAAAUUGUUGGAACCUCAAACUUAGAGAGAUUGACAGAAGGUCCUCAAAGACAAAAAUCUACGAGAAGCGCUAGAUCUUCUAGAGGUAGGGUUGUGCAAGGUGAUGAUGUGGGACACAGAAAAAGUAAAAAUCAUCAUCGUACCAGAGAAGAGCGUAACAGAAUCAGAGAACAUGAUCGUGCGCAAAGAGACAAAUCCAGCCACGGGGAUUCAAAUGAUAAAUCAAUGCCUAAUUAUCAUAGGGUUAGAACGUGGAUUGAUAGUUCGGGCUCGUUUAAGGUAGAGGCUGAAUUCUUGGGCUGCGUUGAAGGCAAGAUUCACUUGCAUAAGACUAAUGGUGUCAAGAUUGCAGUUGCUGCUGCAAAGUUAUGUCUUGAGGAUUUAGAGUACGUGGAAAAGAUUACAGGAACAUCCUUAGAAUCAUAUAAAGAGGAGGUCACAAAUCAAAAUGUUAAAAGAGCGAAGUCUCAAAAAACUGGUGUCACUCAAUCAGCUACGUCUACUAUUAAUGAUAUAGCUCCACCUCAACCCACAAGACCAAAGACGACAACUGCUAUUUCGACUAGCGAACCGGAAUAUGAUUGGUUUGAGUUUUUCCUUUCUUGUGGUGUGGAUCUUGGUAAUUGUCAACGUUAUACUCUCAACUUCAAUAGAGAACAAAUGGAUGAGAAUAUUUUAGCGGACAUUAACCCUUCAUUAUUACGUACAUUAGGCUUAAGGGAAGGCGAUAUUUUGAGAGUAAUGAAAUUCUUAGACAAUAAAUUUGAUAGAAAGAAGACAACUGCCGAAGAUGUUCCGGCGGGUGGCCUAUUCACUGAACCAACUGGUGCGUUGAAAAAUAACAAUUCAGCGGCUGAAGUUUUCAAAGUGGAUCCUAAAGCAUUACCAUCUCCUCUGAGAUCUGAGGAACAGAUCGCCGCCCAGCAAGCACAAUCCAACAAAUUUGAAGACGAUGCAUGGGCAGUUAAACCAGCAGCUAGGUCUAGUGAAGACGUAUCAAAACCUCCUGCCACUUCUUCUGCUCCUACUCCUCAGCAGCCACAAUAUACAGGUGCAUUGCAAGAUUUGGUUAAUAUCAAACCAUUAGAACUGAAUAAUAAGAAUGUACCGCCACCUGCUACUCAACAAGAGCAAAAACCAACUGCCCCAACCUUGACUCCGGUUAAAACUGGAAAUGGAGUAUCUUCGCAACCGACUAGCGGAACAGUACCAGCUCAACGUACUGGUGGUUUAGUUCCUGUUCAACGUACUGGUGGUUUGAUCCCUGUUCAACAGACUGGUGGUCUUAUUCCUGUUCAGCCGACUGGAUUUAUGCCAAUUACUGCUCAACCAACUGGAUUUAUCCCAAUCCAAGCAACGGGAAUUUUGCAGCCUCAACUUACUUUUGGAAUUGUUCCAUUACAAACCGGUGCUACCACUUUUACAGGGCAAGCGACUAGUCAACAACAAAAAACUGGUAACAACAUUCCGCAAACAACUUUUGGUCAACCUGCGUUCCAACCAUUGCAAACUGGUAAUGUGACACUUCCUCAGACCUCAUUUGGUCAAGCACCAAUGAUGACAAGUCAAGUUACUGGUGGGAUGCCGUCUACAUCAUUUGGUGGUCAGCCAUUAUCUUUGCAAAGAACCGGUCCUAUGGUUCCAACGCAGAGAACUGGUGGCCAGAUUACCGGAGGCAUGAUGCCUCAGACCAGCUUUGGGCAAUCGAACCCUGGUAUGAUGCCACAAACAUCAUUUGGUAUGCAGAACACUCUGAAUAUGUUCCAGCCGAUGGGAGGACAGGCCACUGGUGGAUUUCAGCCUAAUAUAAUGCAGCAACAACCAUCAUUUGGAGGACAAGCCACUGGAGGAUUCCAGCCAAUUAAUAGCAAUAUGCUGCAGCAACCUUCGUUUGGCAACCAGAUGCCAGGUGGGUUCCAAUCUAAUAUGCAACAACAGCCUUCUUUUGGUCAACCACAGAUGAUGCCACAAACUAGUUUCGGUAUCCAGCAACAACAACAACAACAACAACAACCAUCAUUCAACCAGUUCCAGCAACAACCUGAUAUGAACCAAUUGUCGAAUAUGUUCCAAAAUACGGGCAUUAAUGGAUCAAAUACAUUUAACCAGCCCCAAGCGCAAUUUCCAACAACAACAUUUGGUCAGCAACCUCAAUUCCAGCCUUUACAAUCUCAACCUACAGGUGCUGGAUUUGGUAACGCUCCAUCUACCUUGCAAAGCCAAUCUACAGGCGCAAGAAGAGCUAAUCUUCAAGCUGCGACACCUGACAAUCCUUUCGGAUUUUAA